AUGGCACCAAAGCUUCCAACCCGUAAACUCGGUAAGAAUGGCCCAGAAGUCACCCGCCUCGGCUUUGGCCUCAUGGGUCUGAGCGCAUUCUAUGGUCCAAUCAAGUCUGACGAGGAGCGUUUUGCCAUCCUCGACCAUGCGUACGAGGCAGGUGAACUCUUCUGGGAUACGGCCGACAUGUACGGAGACAACGAAGAUCUCCUUGGUAAAUGGUUCAAGAAGAACCCGGGAAAGAGAGAAAACAUCUUCCUCGCUACAAAAUUCGCCAACUAUGUCGAUCCAGUGACUCAAGAACGAAGCGUCCGAAAUCAACCAGACUAUAUCCGAUCUUCCGUCGACAAGUCCCUCAGUAGAUUGGGAAUUGAUCAUAUUGACCUGUACUACGUUCAUCGACUCCAGGAGGAUCAGCCAAUCGAGAUCACGGUCGGAGUCUUGAAGGAGCUGCAGCAAGCUGGCAAGAUCAAGUACAUUGGUUUGAGUGAGAUGAGUGCCGAUAGCUUGAGGAGAGCAGAGAAGGUUGUGCAUAUCGAUGCUGCCCAAGUCGAAUACAGUCCCUUCUCCCUCGAAAUCGAAGAUCCUCAAAUCGACGUCCUGAAGGCCGCUCGUGAGACAGGCACUGCCAUUGUUGCUUAUUCACCUCUCGGCCGAGGCUUCCUGACCGGAUCUUUGAAAUCCCCUGCCGACUUUGAGGAUGGAGAUUUCCGACAAUAUGCUCCCCGUUUCAGUGCAGAAAACUUCCCAAAGAACCUGAAAUUGGUGGACGAGUUCAGGGCGUUGGCUGAUCAGAAGAGUAUCACACCCGGGCAACUCAUUCUUGCCUGGCUGUUAUCCCAGGGCGAUGAUGUCUUUCCAAUCCCCGGUACAACCAAAAUCAAGAAUUUUGACGAAAAUAUUGGGUCUCUCAAGGUUGAAAUCUCCAAAGACGACGAUGCAAAGAUUCGCAAAGCCAUUUCUGAGGUGGACGUUGGUGGUGGUCGUUAUCCAGAAGCAUUUGCACGCUUUUGUUAUGUAGACACAGUACCUUUGAAGGCAUGA